UGCAUGCACGAGUACAUGGACAUCUACUCCGAGAUGGCCUCGCUGGAGGCGGGGGAGUUGGUCAACUCCGCCUUCGGUGGACGUUUCUGUGGACCGAUCCCACCACGCCGCCGCGUAUCCCUUCACCGAGCAGUCGCGCUCGCAUUUUUUACAGAUCAUACAUACACGCCGCCCACGCUCUUCGCAGGAACCUAUCGUUUCAUCAACGCUUCGGAGUUCGAGGUAGGGACGCCAGUCCCGAACACGAUGUGCUCGUUUAUAAUCGAGGCGAGCAAGCGGAAGACGGGGCUGCUGCUAUCGCCGACGUACCCCGGCGUCUACCCCAAGGACAUAACAUGCAACUACCAGUUCGUCGGCCAGGCGGGCCAACGCAUUCGGCUAGAAUUCCGAGACUUCGACCUGUUCUUCGGCGGACCUCACUGCCCGUUCGACUGGGUGCGCGUGUACGACGGGCCCGACAACUCGUCGGCCGUCAUCGGCACGUACUGCGGGCAGCAGCGCAACCUCGUGCUGUACUCGAGCAACGAGCGCCUACUAGUCACCUUCUUUACUUUGCCGCGAUCGGCCAACACGCAGAACCGCGGUUUCAAGGGUAUCUUCGAGUUUUCAGAGAGUUUUGUUAAGUUAGAUUUUAUAGGUAAACACGAUGCCGAGCACAUUAGGGGUUCGGAGUGCGAUCAGAAAAUUCUUAGUAAAAAGGAAUCUACAGGAUUCGUGUACCAUCCAAAUUAUCCAUUUCCUUAUAUACCAAAAGUUGUUUGUAGAUAUUUUAUAUACGGUAUGCAAGAUUCACAAAAUUUGGAGAGAGUACGAUUAGAGUUUCAGAAUUUUUCUAUACCAAAAGGAAACCAAAGCCAACUAAAGCCAGACGUAUGUGCAGAUGGCUAUCUGAAGGUAUAUUUGCGUGGCCAAGAAGCCACAGAUUCCUAUGACAAGCACGAUGCGGAAUUGUGUGGGGAGGGCUCUUCGGAUCCUCUGUUCCCUCCACCAUUACUCUCAGACGGACCUCGCCUAGUUAUGGUCUUCAGUUCUGGUGAACUCCAGGGUCGCGGUUUUAAAGCGAAAUAUACUUUUGAGACUGAAUAUCGGGUACCAGGCACGGCGGCGCCGGGUGGUGAGUGCGCGUUUACGUAUCGCUCGGAGGCGAAGAAGCGCGGCGAUUUCAACUCUCCGCGCUACCCUUCCAAUUACCCGUCGCGCACUAACUGCACGUAUACGCUGGUCGCGACGCCAAACGAGCAGGUCACCGUCGUCUUCGACCACUUCAAAGUUAGAGCUGACUCGUGGAAUGCUACUGCUGGUUUAUAUGGGGGCGCGACGUGCAGCGAGGACUGGGUGGAGGCGUGGUGGACGGGGCGCGAGGGCAGCCGCGUGCCGCUGGGCCGCUGGUGCGGGGCCGCCACGCCCGGCCCGCUGCAGUCGCCGCGCGGCGCGCUCGGCCUGCUCAUCGCGCUGCACACCGACUACGACUCCGUGGCCUCGGGGUUCAAGGCGAGAUAUGUGUUCGAGCCGGCGAAGUCAAUCUUCGGUGACUGCGGUGGCAAUGUAUCGGGCUCAUCAUGGGGCGUGGUAUCAUCCCCGCGCUACCCUCUGCCAUACGAGGCACCGUCACGCGGCGCCGCGUCACGCGUCUGCAACUGGUUCAUCACGGCGCGCCCCGGACGAAGACUGCUCAUCAACUUUGAUCACUUCGCCGUUGAAGGACAUCUUACUGAGCGCGGCUGCCCCGCGGCAGUGCUCCGGCUGUGGUACGAGAGCCCCGGGCCGCCGCUCGAGCUGUGUGGAGAGAAGGCCCCGGCCGACCGCUGGCAGUAUCUCUCCUCCUCCAACUCAAUACGACUGUCGUUCAUAAUAGCGGACAAGUCCGUGGGCGCGGGCGGCUGGCGCGCCGUGUGGACGGAGGUGACGGUGGGCGCGGGCGGGGACUGCCCCGCGGCCUGCGCCGGCGCCUGCCUGCCGCCGCGCGCCGCCUGCUCCGGCCUGCAGCACUGCGCGGGCGUGCCCGUCGCGCGCCCCGCGCACUGUUAG